CGCUCCAACAGGAGGUGCUUCGGUCGCCCAACUGAGAUGAUUCACUCAUCCUCACCUAGGUACAAUGAUCCUUAGCUCAAAGCUGGGCCGACUGAACAACAUUUAUCAAGCGAUGCUGAAACCUUGUCUAUCUGGUCAACUACGUAUUACUACAUCCCAGUCUUUACGAAAGGCCUAUGAUGUACAACCCUCCUAAGGGCGCUUACUGCAGCCCUGUGAUUAGUGCAGUUGCAAGGCUGUGGCCAGAGUUAGCGCUAUGUCUUCCGAGACCUCACCAUCGCCCACCUUCUGGCUUCCCAGGUCGAUAUCCUCGUUUCAGCCAUGGUCUCUGAUAUAUCAAUUAUUCCAACCUGAAAUGCGUCCCAAGAGUCGUCAAGAUUUUACCGUCGCGAUUGUCUGCGCUCUUUCUCUUGAGGCUGACGCUGUCGAAGCCCUUUUCGAUGAAACCUACGAUCGGCUGGGGAGAUACUAUGGCAAACAACAAGGUGACGCGAAUGCGUACCUCAAUGGAAGGAUUGGCAAUCACGAUGUGGUCUUGUGCUACUUGUCAGGAAUGGGAAAAGUAAGUGCAGCAAGUGCAGCCUCAAGCUUACAAAUUAGCUACACGGGCAUUGAGCUUGCUUUAGUUGUUGGUAUUUGUGGAGGUGCCCCAUCGCAAUCCAACCAUCAAGAAAUAUUUUUAGGUGAUGCUAUCAUCAGUGAUUCUGUGAUCGCAUAUGACAUUGGCUGGCAAUACCCUGGUGGUGGAGUCAAGGACACGCUCGGCAGACCGAAUCGAGAAAUCCGGACUCUUCUGAAUAGCCUGAAGGCUGAUAAUACCCUCAGUGAACUCCGAAACCAGAUGCAAGGAUAUCUUGAGACACUUCAGCAAAAAGGAACUAGGUGGCGCCAUCCACAAAUCGACGAUAUUCUUUUCCAGGCUUCUUAUCUUCACAAACAUCAUGCGCCUGCGUCUGAUAUCCAAUGCGCCUGUUCUGAGAGUGACGUACCCGAGGAGAUCUGUGACAACGCACUGGAGGAAACCUGCGAUGAUCUUGGUUGUGGCAAGGGCCAAGUAAUACGGUGCCGAGGAUUUGUGGAAGCUGCGAAAGCCUCUGCAUAUAUUAGAACAGUCGCUUCAGCCGACACAGUGAUGAAAUCCGGACAGCACCGUGAUGCCCUUGUUCGAGAGGAGAAUAUUAUAGGCUUUGAAAUGGAAGGUGCAGGAGUGUGGGACAAUAUCUCGUGUAUCAUUAUUAAAGGGGUGUGUGACUAUGCGGACAGCCAUAAGAAUAAAUUAUGGCAAGAUUAUGCUGCAGCGACUGGAGCCUCCGCAGCAAAAGCUUUCUUAGAGUACUGGCCUCGGAAAAAAGAAGACACACGCAAGACAGUUCAUUUCAUGGUCCCGUUUGCGAGAAAUCAACGGCUCGUCGGCCGGCAGGACGAAAUUGACAGGUUAGAAGAAUUAAUCUCAACACCCGGCGGGCCAAAGAAAAUUGCCAUUACUGGAUUGGGAGGGGUUGGUAAGACCCAGGUGGCUCUCGAACUAGCUUACCGUAUGCAAGACAGAGAGGAUGAAUGUUCAAUCUUUUGGAUCCCUUGUACCAGCUAUGGGGCUGUUGAGCAGGCCUGUAUGGCCAUUGCACAAACGAUCGGGAUCCAAGGUGUGAAUCCGGCAGAGGUAAAAGAGCAUCUCAAAGCUCAUUUUAGCCAAAGGGACGGGAAAUGGCUUCUGAUCUUCGAUAAUGCGGAUGACAUGGACAUGUGGAUGAAAGGCAGCAAGACAUCCUCCGCGUUAAAGGACUUCCUUCCUUGUAAUAACAACGGUCAUACUAUUUUCACCACUCGCAACCGGAAGGUAGCCGUGAGAAUGUCAUCGUCUAAUGAGAUACAUGUUCCCGAAUUCAACAAAGAAACUGGAGUGGAGUUUCUGGGAAAGUUACUGAUGCAAAAAAACCGGCUCCGCGACGACAGUUAUGCAGUGAGCGCCCUUCUUCAGCAGCUUACAUUCCUUCCAUUAGCUGUUUCCCAAGCUGCAGCAUAUAUCAACGAAAAUGGUAUAAAAUUGUCUGAUUACCUGCUACUUCUCCAAGAACAGGAGGCAGAUGUUGUAGAGCUUCUAAGUGAGGAUUUUGGUGAUGAUGGACGCUAUAAGGAAAUCCAGAACCCAGUGAUCAAGACAUGGCUAACCUCAUUCUAUCAAAUUCAGAAGCUUGACGGACUUGCUUUUGAAUAUCUGUCGCUUAUGGCUUGUCUUGAUCCGCGCAAUAGUAUCCCGGAGUCCUUCCUUCCACGGCCGGCGUCAAAAAAGAAAAUGACUGAAGCUCUUGGGCUUCUAAAGGCCUACUCUUUCAUUGCUAUCCAACCCGGGAAUGGCUCUAUAACAUUACAUCGUUUGGUACAUCUGGCAACUCGAGCCUGGAUGAAAAACGAGAAACAAUAUGUAUUCUACAUAACAAAAGCAGCAGACCAAUUGAAUGAGGCCUUCCCUGGUAAUGACCAUACCAACCGACAGCUUUUGCCGAGAAUACCUGCCCCACGCCCUCUUCCUACUGAGUGAUAAUCGAUUCAAAAAACAACAAGAUAUGUAUAUUGACUUAAUACGAAGCGUGGGGUCCUGCUUAAGUAGUGAUGGGAGAUACAACGAAGCGGAAAAGCUGUUGUCGCAGAUGAUGGAAACUCAGAAACAGGAGCUAGGGCCAGAGCAUCCUGACACUUUGACCAGUAUGGCCAACAUUCCAUUAUCAUCCUGGAAACGAGGGCAAUGGAAGGAAGCAAAAAAGCUGUUUUCAAAGAAUAUAAAUAUCCGGAAACAAGAGCUACGGCCAGAGUAUCCUGA